AUGCGUUUCUUGGCAAUUUUACUCCUUUCGAUCUCAGCAAGUCUGGUAUCUGGCCAUGCCCGUAUCAAGUCGCCCAAGCCCCUCGACGCUCCUGUUGAGGACCCCACCGGUAACGCCUACAAUGCACCUCUCAACCCAGAUGGUAGCGAUUUCCCUUGUAAACAGCUCCACAAGAAAGCGGGUGUUGAUAUGACACCCACUGAAUCAUGGGCUGCUGGGUCAAGUGCUUCUUUUGAAAUUCUGGGUCAUGUUACUUCCGGCGAGGGUGCUCUGGCAGCACACAGCGGAGGCAGUUGCCAAGCAUCGUUAUCCUAUGACAACGGUACCACAUGGAGCGUGUUGAAGUCAUUCCACGGAGGGUGCCCAAGAGAUGUCACGCUCAAUUCAAACUUGGCUGGACCUGAUCAGGUCUUCCCGUUCCCUAUCCCUGCUGAAGCUAAGGCCGGAGCCGCUCUUUUCGCCUGGACAUGGACAGCUGUAACCGGUAACCGUGACGAGUUUUAUAUGAACUGCGCAUCUGUUGAAAUUACUGGUUCCGGCACUAGCACACUUGAAGACUACCCAGCGAUGUAUGUCGGCGAUAUGAAUAUUCCCGGACAGAUUGCCACAGGUGAAUGCCGAAGCACAGCAGGAACUGCUUUGUUGUACCCCAACCCUGGAACCGAAGUAGCAGAGGUCACAGUUGCCGGAAUUCCAUUCAAGGAACCGUCAGCAGGAAACUGCCACGCUCCCGGAAGUGCAGGAGGAUCUCCAGGUGCCAGUUCUUCUGUAGCUGUUCAGCCGACUGCCACUUCUAGUGCUGGUUUUGGAAAGACUUCUACCAUCGCUGUGCUGCCCACUUCUACUGCUCUCGUCGGAACCUCUACCAAGGGUUAUGGAUCUCCCGAUUAUGGCGCGACUACCAGCUCCCCGAGCGUACAGCCUACCACAUCUGUUGCCGUGGAUGCAGGCUCUAGCUCUGGCGACAAUGGCUUCAACACUCCUAUAGAAACUCCCACAGACUACAACCAGCAGCCAACCACCACCGCAGAUACAGUUGAAGCAACUGGUGCUCCAUGCAGCGACGGCCAAGGAAACGGGCAGAUGACUCAGGCUCCCACUGGCGGAAACGGCGGCUCAGGUGGAUAUGGCAAAGGCAGAGGCGGUUCCCCAACUACCUUGGUCACUAUGACCUCCGCACCUCAGCCUUCUUCUUCAGCCGGUGUAGAGGGAGUUCUUGGUGACAGCGAGGAGGUGGAUAGCGAGGGUACUGCUUCGACUACUGCUGCUAGUGGAUCUGGUAGCUACGGUGGUGGUUACGGUGGCGGUUACGGUGGUGGCUACAGACGUGCUAGACGCGCUCGCCGCUAG